AUGAGGUUGAGGCUUGUCUGCGCGCUACUCGCGGCCUCAGCCGCAGCGGCUAUCGCGCAAACAACAAAAACAUCAAACAACGAUACAUUAAUUCUCUCUCAACUGGCCAAUAUAUUCUGGCAACUUGGAGAUCUCAAAGUACCCGCCCCAAACUCACAUAAAAAUGUGUAUAUCGGCUACCAAAAUCAAACAUAUUGUUGUCUCGAGGCUGUAAGGGCUGCCCUCACUAUAGUAGAUGGCAACCUGGCCAUGAAUAACUCAUCUCCCUUCAUCAAUGCGACCCUCGAUGAUUUUGUCCAGCGUGCGGCACACUCGAAUCAGUUUCCGUGUGACGCGACAUACAAUGGCAAUCCUAAAGGUGCACCACUUGUCGAGGUGCCAUAUUCUUGGUGGACAGAAAAAUGUCCCGGUUGGCAGUUAAACGACCGAAGCAACUUGGAAUCAUGGCUUCAACCACUGAGUGGGUUUUUGAUCCCGGCAGUGCCUCUGAUAUUCAGUAUUCCUCGUCGCAGAAAACUCGAGAUAUAUCGCCAAUUUUUCACCGCUGACUUGUCCGGCGUCAAGGGCUAUCUAGCUGCGCCGUUGGGCGCACUGGGAGCUGCCUUGAUCGUUAUUUUGGACACGCUAAUUUGGCUCUCGACCUGCUUUGCCUUUGCUGCACCCAUGAUACUCAGUGGUUUAUACGAAGCCCUCUUGGAUAAGAGAAUGCUCGACUUUCUCAAGGAAAAGAUGACUAACAAGCAUCUCACUCUGGACAUGAGAGCACGCUGUCUAAUGGUUGUUCUUAUUGGAAAUCUUGACAUCGCCUUGGACAAGGAAGAAGAAGAGUACCCCGGAGCACUGCGGCCAAAAAUAUCCAACAGGGUCAUUGAAGGGCAGCCUCCUAUCCCGUUGGAAAAUCUGCCCGAUCCGGAGAUUGUGGGCGAAGACAAGAUUGCUCCGCGGACGCCAGAACCACCACCCGAGAUAGGAAUCGAGGAACCCUCUCAGCCAGACGAGGAUGACUGGCCCGCGAUAAACGAACGUGGAAAUGAAUUGCCGCGGAGAAAAUCAACAGCUAGAACCCUGUCCAUCUCUCCAAUGGCCGUUCAAACAUUUGGUCCCUUGUCACCAACCAGCACAAUCCAAACCAAAGACCGACCAGUCGACCCGCAUGAGCCUCCAGGCUUCAGGCGUAUCCAGUAUCCAGCACAAACGGGUGUGCACCGGAGACCGACCGUUCAAGAAGCCGCAAGUCCUUGGCGACACAUGGAGAACCUUUUGUACGAGAUUCGUCUCUAUGACGAUGAAGAUCGCUCUCGUGGCGAGUUUCCCCGCCAAUGGCCAAAGCAUGCCUGUACUGAUCGCAUGUGUGACAUGCGAGAUCACGUAGAAAGACCUCGUACUAGAGAUCACAUUUUCGAGAGCUUCGUCGCCAAGACUAGAACUCGUCUCCGGACCAUGCUUCACUGCCAGUACUCUUUUGGUACCAUCGUUGGGGCACCGGUAAUUUUCUUCUUGGGUGGUUUUAUAUUUGCUCUAUUAAGCAGUCUUGAAGAGCUGGGCGAUGAAGAUAUUGCCGAGGCCUUGGCUUUUGGGCAGUGGUACAUGAUUAUUCCUCAUAUUUCAAUCAUUUCAGGUCUCUUGCUAGCAGGAAACAACCCCAAUAUCCUGGAAGGCGUCUUUGCGACUGAACGCGACGAAGAGGUCGACACUAUACACUUUUUUGGCCUUCGAUUUGGUCUAGCAUUUCCAAGUUGUUAUAAAACUGCUUGGCAAUGGAGACGAGGACAUGUCAAGAAGGGGUGGAUCAACAAAAUCAUUGACACGUAUGGUACCCGCCGAGACGUGGACUAUAAUGGAAACAUUGAGCCCGACGACGACAUGGAAGAUUUACGCACAAGGACGAACCUGGUAUUCUUUGAUUGGGUUUUUAUACUGGCCAUCAUGUCCCUGCUGAUUUAUGUCCCAUUUAUCCUCGCUUUCCUGACCUCUUACUUUACCCCUCCAAUCGGACUGGCUUGUCGAUCUCUCACCUCGAGUGUCUACGCUUGUAGCCAGGCGGGUCAAAUCAUUCUCUGGUUCUGGUCCAACACUGGAAGUCCAUUGGAAAUGGGAAAUGGUCAGCGAUUCAAGCUGCUCGACUUUGCCAGGCGUGGUGGCUGGCUCGACAGAACCGGUUUCUUCAAGGCAUCUUCUGUCAGUUGGCUGACUAGAGCGAAUCCAGACUGGAACUCUCGUAAGCCCUGGCUCCUCUUGAGAUCGAAGCGGACGUGGACAGUCAGAAUGCUAUGGUGUGUUCUAUACCACGUAUUAUUUGUGGUUUUCGGAAUUGGUGCCGUCUUUUCGGUACUUGGUGGAACCAUUAUGCAACUCAUGGGUGUCUAUUCGGCCAAUAUCUGUGAGAUUAAAGCUAUUUACUGGUUUUCAUCGUACGCAGACCGUCCGCAAGUGAUCGUCUCAAAGAAUACUGAGGCGGCCAUUCGUGCAGCUGAGCAAUACUGGGAGCCAUGCGCAAUUACUGCCAUUGUUUUUCUCGCUGUGGUCAGCUUCAUCGGCUGGUGGUAUCAAAGACGGAUGCGAGAUGUUUUUGCUGAUCUUGUUCGAAAUAUCGAUGCACCAAAAUAUGAUCGGGAUGAUACACGCUUGGCACGGCCUCUGUCGGAUAGACGACCAAGAGAUUUUGAAGGUAUCACUGUUGGAUAA